GAAAUAGUGCCGGGCAGCCUGCGCGCCCUGGCGUGUGUGAGGAAGCCAACAUGCAGGUGCCAGCCAAGAGCUACCCCAAGAACUGCCUGCUGACCGUCAUGGACCGCUACUCGGCCACCGUGCGCAACAUGGAGCAGGUGGUGAUGAUCCCCAGCCUUCUGCGGGGUGUGCAGCUGGGGGGGCCUGGGGCUGAGGCCGAGGCCCAUGCCGGGGCCCCCGAUCUCUACACCUACUUCACCAUGCUCAAGACCAUCUGCGUGGAUGUGGACCACGGACUGCUGCCGCGGGAGGAGUGGCAGGCCAAGAUGGUGGAUGAGGUCGAGAACGAAGCUGCUGAGACGGAGGAGGAGCUCAAGGAGAACAAGGUCUCGGGGAGGCUGGACCUGGAAGCCCAGUUUCACCUGCACUUCUGCAGCCUUCACCACAUCCUCACGCACCUCACCCUGAAAGCCCAGGAGGUGACAAGGAAAUACCAGGAACUGAUACAGGGCCAGGUCCUGUAGGCCUCGGACUCCAGGGAAGGUCACACAAUAGGAGGUAGACGUGGACGGAUGAGGACACGGAACAGUUUGCUGGCCCUGACUAAGACCGGUAAACGCCUGGACCCGCAGCUAGAACCACAGCGACUCAGUUCUCUGGGCUGCCCCUCUCCCUGUCUGAUUACCGAUUCGUUGCCACUGGCUUACCUGUAGGACGUCUGCUGUACUCACAACUCCCCUUGCUCUGCUCACCAGUUUGGAGUGCUGACCAGUGGUUCAGGAGAGACCAGGCAAAGGGUGGGACGGUAGAGACCAUAGGGGUUAGCAUGUGACCAAAACGAGCAUCCCUCUUUUGUUUUGCAGUAAUUCAGUAUGCAAUUGUAACUAUGUAAUCUUGGGCAAGUUAUUUAACCUAUUGGAGUCUAAAUUCCCUCACCUGUAAAGCGGGAGUCUUAUCUACCUCAUAAAGUUAUGAGAAUUAAAUAAGAUGAUGAAUCAAAAGCCCCUGGCACGUGAGAGCUAUCGCAAUAGGCUGUUCUCUCCCACCCUUGCCUAUGUAUCUGCUCUAGCCCUUGCUUUGACCCUCCAGAACUGGGAAGUGGCAGUCCCAUGGUGUGAGUGGUUCACAUUCUUGUACCUGUUGACUACUGAUGAGGCUGAGCAUGGGUGAACUAAAAGACUAUUUAUUGCACUACCAAUAAAAACAAAACCAAAAUACCCUGUA